AUUUUUUUUUUAUUAUCGAUCAUUGUUAAACAUUAUUAUUUAUUAUUAUUCAACAUCAACAACAACAAUCAAAAUGAUUUAUAAUGAUGAAACAUUAUUAAACAAUAAAGUAUCCGAAUCGGAGGUGCAAAAAAUUGUUGAAAAAUAUGGUAAAGCAUUCAAAGAAUCACGAUUAAAUCCAUCACAAGAAUUGGAAUAUGGACAAGUAUUGUUGCAAUCACCAUUUGAACAGGAUCUUUUUAUAGCAAUCACAAUUUUCGAAGAACUUAUUCGUAAUCGACGAAAUGAAUUGAAUAUGGUUCUAGAAUAUUAUGUUGGCUUGAUCAUUGGUUUCAUGAAAGUGAAAAAAUUUGAAGAUGCCAUCAUGAAGUUGGAUUUGUGCCGGCAACUAAUCCAUUUGAAUAUUGAACAAGAGAAUCGUUUGAAAAUGUUAGAAAAUCGUAUUCAAAAUCGAAAUCGUUCAUUUUUUUGGGCAGCAGCAUCAUUUGUUGCUGGUGUUGGUGCUAUUGCUUUAAUGGUUUUUUCUGGAAAGAAAUCAUAACUAGUUUCGAUACAUGGAUUAUUACAAAACAAUGCAA